AAUGGGUUAGCACCAAAAAUAAUGAUGAAAUAAACAAGAGAAAUAUAAAAGUGAGAUAAUGAAGUAGCAUUUUCUUGUGCCGAUACGUGUGAGUGCCAGAAAAAUGGAUGACAGUUCUCCUGACCUGUCGCUAAAGUUGCGACGGGGCUCGAGCGAUUCGAGGGAGUCCUUUUACAUGGACUUCGCGCAAGGGAUCGACUCGGACAUUGAAGAGGUGACGACGAUCGAGCGGAUAAUUCCUGAGCACCCUUCCGGGCGGGAUGGCGACGCGGAUACCCUCGCGACACCUUCCGGACUUGACGACAAAGAUCUCGCGCAAUAUUGCUAUUCUAUACCGGCGAACAACAUGUCUGGUGGCUCGCAUGUUUCAAGAGGGACGUUUGGAGGGGCGGAGUCGGAAAUAUCUGGUGGUAGCGCACCCCCUUUACCCAGCCCGGCGUCGGCUGGUGCUGCGCUGGUUUCUCCGGAGACGCUCAGCCGGCACAGCAGUCCCCCUCCGCUCCCCGCGCACCCGUCGCACCAGCAACCAGCACCAUCUUGCUCGUCGCAUCGAGUUCAUCUAGAGUCGCCGUUAAGGUUGUCAAGUCAGCCGUCGAUGUCUCUGGGCGGGUCGCUAUCGCUGCAGCCGGUGCUGUUUGGGCCGGGCGCGCCACAGCCUCCCCUGCCUCCCGCACGUCACCCUUCAAGACCUUCCGCAUCUAUACAGAACAUGCAUAUUAUAAGCGCGAGCGACGCGCUGGCGACGACUCUCUCGGCGUUGUAUGGCAAGCUGCUGGUUGUGAUGGGAGUGGCCUUUCCCAUGGCUGAAGUCAUCUCCACUUACAUACCACCAUCUUUCUACGAGGGUUUUUACCUGUACCUGUACAUCGGUAGCAUGGUAUUUCUUCUCUACAUGUACGCGGCGCUUGUACGAGACAGGUCGCGAUCGGCCGCUGACUCCAAAGUCGUGACCAAGUCAGAUUCAAGUUCAUCACCGUCGGAGUCUGAGUCGUGUUCAUCGCGCACGGAGCGCAGCACAGCAACGGCAGUGCCACCACAUCUGGCUGCCAAGCGAUUGUCACUGGGGUUCGCACUCGCCGCCCGCACCCACCACUACGGCAGCUUUUACCUCAGGAUGGGCGCAGUCGCUUUCGGCAUUGGGUCUAUGAUUUACUCGGGGCUGGAGUUUGGUCAGUACUGGGAGCUGGAGCGCAACACCAACUGCCACAACGUGCUGCUGGCGCUCACUCCCGCCACCAGGAUGGCUUUCAUAUUCAUACAGAUGUAUUUCAUCUUUCUAAAUAACGAGAUGAAAGUAUACAAGCACAAGAUAGUGGCGCGCUUCGGGCUGAUGCACAUGGUGGGCACCAACCUCAGUGUGUGGCUCAAUGUGCUCGUACAGGAGACCAAACAUGAGAUCCUGACUUUCUACGACCCUGAGAAUAAGACCAUAGGACUGUCGCAUCGGCUUGCGUUCCAGAAGGCAUUUGCAUCGUUGGCAACAGAAGUGCCGCCAUCACACCCCGCAGCCGCACAUCUCCGCGUGCCUCGAGGACUGAAAGGUCCACAUCACAUCUUUGAAUGUCGUCGAACAAACAUCAUGGGCUCUUUGGUACAGGACGCAUCACCAUUCCUAUUUCCUUGCACCAUCGAAUACUCUCUUAUAUGUGCGGCUAUUUUAUACGUCAUGUGGAAAAACAUUUCCAAAUACCCUUCCAAAGAUGUCGCAGCCGCUAUUGCUAAAGCUAGACUACUCGAAGGUCUAGCUUAUAAGAAAUCUCCACAUUUGUAUAGCGUCGAUUGCGCAAGAGCUCACAAAGGGUUGUUUUUUGGAAUUCUAGUCUUGGUUCUAACGAUAAUUUCUCUUAUACUCUUUUUCGUUCUGAUAUCGAGAAAGGAAUAUGCCACACUAGCUGUUGUUGAAGUAAAUGUUUGUGAAUUGGCUCUAUAUGCAAUGACGACGUUGGCAAGUUUAGCCGGUAUGGUGUGCGUUAGAAACCUGAAGUACGACGGUACUCGAAAUCUAGAGUUGGACAACAUUUUGUUGGUUGGUGCACAAACUGGGAUGUUCAUUUACGGAACAUUUACUAUAAUUGGGGGACAUUUUACGAUAGAAAAGAAUACAAUACUGAUAUUAAUAACAGCUCUAUCAUCCUUGGUGCAGACGACAUGCCAGACGAUGUUCAUUUUAGACGCGAGUCGAAGAUCGGCGAAAACACCGGAGCAGUUACGAAAGAAACCUGGGAGAGAAAUAGUUACCUUUCUCUUGGUAACAAACUUAGCGAUGUGGGCUAUAAAUACACUAGAAAAAUCUAGAGCCGAGUCACACCCAGUUCAGUUGCAUUUCUACGGUCUUUGGGCUUGGACGAUAAUAACGCACGUAUCAAUGCCGCUGGCGAUCUUCUAUAGAUUCCAUUCCACGGUUUGCUUAUGCGAGAUCUGGAAACGGGCUUACAAGAUGAAGCCAGCUUACAUGUAGCGAAAGGUGGUUAGGUUCUGAGUGAAAUAAAACUAAAGCAAAGACUAUGGUUCUCAGAUUUAAAUCAAAACUAGAGUAGCAAUGUACAGAGAUACAUUGAUUGAGCAGAACAGUACAUUGAUGUUAGAUAAAGUGUCAGAUAUUUAAGUGUCAUACGCCAUAGUUUU